CUGGAAAUACAGAAAUCCCUCCAAAAAAAAAAAAGAACAGAAGAAGAAGAAGAACAAGAAGUAGUCUUGUCCCAUUCCCUUCUUCAGUUUUGUCUCCUAGGGUUCUUCAAUUUGAUCCCCAAGGUGUUCUUGAAUCGGGAUUUCGCCUUUUUCAGUUCUUGAACGGUGUUCAAGAAACUACGAUGCAGUGAGUGGCUAAUGGUAUGGGUUCAUUUGCCGGGAAGUGCGAAAUCGUCGAAGAGAAAGAAGAUCAUCGAGUCCCGCCCGGAGUAAACUCCGGAAGAACGACGGUUCUUCCGCAUUCUGGAUUAAGCGUAGUCGACGACAAGGAUCUGGAGAGUCCGGUGUUGAAGUUAGGGUACAAGGGUUCGUUAGAAGAUGAUAUCAACCAGCUUUUCGAGUCGAUAAGCAUAAGAACAUCAGCCAUGCUUCCUUCUUACCAAGUUGGCACGAGCAGAAACACGAGCCCUUUGCAGAGGAAUGCGUUGAAAAAACCCGUAAAUCCCGGGCCAUCUCGACCACCAAACCCGGGAACGUCCGAACCGGCAACUCUGAAACAGGCUUUAAGAGAUCUCUGCGUCUCCAAGGCCUCGGAAACAGCCGCUAUGAGACGGGUUCCCAAGAACCCUAGCUCCCCAACCGGCUCGGAAGCUGGAAGGAUGAAGAAUAUAUAUGGUUCUGUUUUGAUCGAGUCUGGAAGCAGACCCGGGAUUCCAGAAGAGGAAGGGAAGGCCGUUCUUGUCGAAAUACUCGAUGACGAUAGAACCAGUUCUUCUGAGAGUAUAUCUCAACAGCUUCAUCUUCUCAAGAUCAAGUCAUCGAUCCAAAAUUCCCCGAACCGAUUCAACGAUGGGAAAUCGACGUUACCACAAAACAGGUUCAGGAAUCAAGAACAGAAAACGGAGAUUAAAAGAAAGGACAACGACUUGCACGCUUCUUCCGAGUGUUGUCCCGAAGAAGAUGAGUUUGGUCCAGACAAGAACUUUACUUCAUCGACAACAUCAGAGACCAAGACAGUGGUCGGGUUAAAAUCUGUGAGGAGAGUGAGACUGUUGUACGCCAAUACACCGACUUCCACCAUUGUUAACGGCAGAAGAGUUCCGAAGCUGACAAGAACGGUUCCUCGUGCUCCGAAACCGGUUCUGAGGAACAAGGCCUCGGUGAAAAAGAAGAUAAAGCAAGAGGUUUCCCCGGAAAACGUGUACGAUGAAGUUGAUGGCUUCUACAAUCCAAUCACAAAGGAACUCCUCUGCCAUAGAUGCCAUUUCGCUUUAAAGAACGCUGCUAAAGAAGAGGCCUGCACGGAUUCUGUCGUUUACAGUCGCGGUGAUGAAGUUAUGGCAGAUGAUGUAGACCCGAGUGCGAAAAUUCCGAGCUUAGAUGAAACGGAUAAAGGAUUUUCCAGCUCGUGUUAUGAGAAUUCUCUGGAGAUCAGUGCAAGUUCAGAACUGAAUCUGGAUAAUGUAAGAGGCUCACUGGAUAUGAACUCAUAUUUCGUGGAUUCCACCAUGGAAACCGGUGAGGUUUCUUCAGCGCCGGUGUUUGUAAACAACGAUGAUGAUGAGGAUGAUGCGGAAGUUCUUCCUCGAGGACUGAAAUAUGGCGAGAAGAAUAGCAACAAAGACGGAGAGGACGUUUCUCUUUCACUUUCUUGCAGUGGGAAAGAAGCUGAGCAGAAGGAUACUCUGUUUUCGUCUGAUCAGAGUGUGGAGAUCGGUUCUUUCAGCGAGAAAUCGGUUGUGACAAACCCGGAAAGUCCUCCCGAGAAACGCAGCUUAGAUGAAACCGCCAUCGAAGAGGGCAACGAGAAACCAGCAAUGACAAGCAAAGGCGAGUUUUCUCAGGGCUCGAAGGAAAGCAUCGGUUACAAUAGCUCGAGUACAAGCAUCAGCGAGGAAGAAGAAAACGAUAUAACCAGGGCUAGUUUCGGAAACCGGCCUCACAUGUCGAAAGAUGUGAGGUGGGAAGCGAUCCAGCAUGUAAGAACGCAACACGGGUCGAUAGGGUUAAGGCAUUUCAGCCUUCUGAAAAAGCUCGGUUGUGGAGAUAUCGGGACGGUUUAUCUCGCUGAACUUACUGGAACAAACUGCUUGUUCGCGAUAAAGGUGAUGGACAACGAGUUCCUCGAGAGAAGGAGCAAGAUGUCGAGGGCUCAGACCGAGAGACAGAUUCUCAAAAUGCUCGAUCACCCGUUCCUUCCUACGCUCUACUCUCACUUCACGUCGGAUAACUUAUCCUGUCUGGUCAUGGAAUGUUGUCCCGGCGGCGAUCUUCAUGUCCUAAGGCAGAAGCAGCCGGGCAGGUGUUUUCCCGAGCCAGCAGCCAGAUUCUAUGUGGCCGAGGUCCUUCUGGCAUUGGAGUACUUGCACAUGCUCGGAGUUAUAUACCGAGAUCUGAAACCCGAGAACAUUUUAGUACGAGAAGACGGUCACAUUAUGGUGACAGACUUUGAUCUGUCACUGAGAUGCCAAGUGAAUCCAACUCUGCUGAAAUCGACAUCCCCACUUCACGGAAACACGAUGAGAAUCUCGGGAAGUGGAACCGAAACGAGCUGUAUCGAGCCACUGUGCAUCCAACCGUCCAUCCGGGUCCCGUGUUUCCGUCCAAGACUCUCUACCAGAACCAAGAAAGGGAAGCAAAGGACGAGAAAACUGAAGAAACACGACCUGAUAGCUCGUUUCAGAUCACUGCCACAGCUCGUGGCCGAACCAACGGACGCGAGAUCCAAUUCAUUCGUCGGAACACAUGAGUAUCUGGCGCCGGAGAUCAUCAAAGGGGAAGGACACGGGGCAGCGGUUGAUUGGUGGACAUUCGGGAUCUUUCUGUACGAGAUUUUGUACGGAAGGACGCCCUUCAAAGGGUCGACGAACGAGGAGACACUGGCGAAUGUGGUGCUGCAGAACCUGAAGUUUCCCGAGAAUCCGAGUGUGAGUUUUCAGGCGAAGGAUCUGAUCAGAGGGUUGCUCGUGAAAGAACCCGAGAACCGGCUCGGGACUGAGAAAGGAGCUGCAGAGAUAAAACGCCAUCCCUUCUUCGAAGGAUUGAAUUGGGCUCUCAUCCGCUGCGCCAUUCCGCCUGAGCUUCCGGACUUUUAUGAAUAUGGAUCUCUGAACCUUGAAGGGAAGGGUAAUUACUUGGACUGCAAGGCUGUUGGUGAACACCUUGAGUUUGAGCUGUUUUAAAUUAGGGUUAUAUUAUAUAUAUAUUCUCUUGAGAUGUUCUUUCUUUCUUGAGUCGCAAGUUAUCGGUCACCUUCGUUUUUCGUUUUUUGUUAAACUGAAGUCAUUUUUUCCCUUUCGUGCAUUAUUAUUAUUAUUAUUA